AUGGCAUCAAACCCUACUACUUCACAGGAUGCUUCGUCCGCUGCCCAAAACUUAAAUAAUAGCGACUGGCGCUCCGCUCUUAAUAUUCCAGCCAAAGACACUCGACCUCAAACCGAAGAUGUUACAAACACAAAAGGUAACGGCUUUGAAGACUUCUACCUUAAGCGCGAACUCUUAAUGGGAAUUUUUGAAGCCGGCUUUGAAAAACCAUCCCCUAUUCAAGAAGAAGCCAUCCCUAUUGCUCUGGCAGGAAGAGAUAUUUUGGCAAGAGCUAAAAAUGGUACAGGUAAAACCGCAGCUUUUGUCAUCCCCGCACUCCAACAAGUCAAUACCAAAAUAAAUAAAAUUCAAGCCCUCAUUCUUGUCCCAACUCGAGAGCUUGCCCUCCAAACAUCACAAGUCUGUAAAACACUCGGAAAGCACUUGGGCAUCCAAGUUAUGGCCACAACUGGUGGAACAAACCUUAAGGAUGAUAUCCUUCGUCUCAAUGAAACAGUCCAUGUCCUUGUCGGCACCCCAGGUAGAGUUUUGGACUUUGCUGGCAAACAAGUUAUUGAUUUUUCAGAAUGUCCUAUGUUCAUCAUGGAUGAAGCCGAUAAGCUGCUCUCCCCAGAAUUCACUCCUGUUGUUGAACAACUCCUUGGCUACUUCCCAGCUUCCAGACAAAUUCUUCUCUUUAGUGCAACAUUCCCUCUCGUCGUUAAAUCAUUUAUGGAUAAACACCUUAAUAAACCUUAUGAAAUCAACUUGAUGGAUGAACUCACACUUCGUGGUAUCACCCAGUAUUAUGCAUUUGUUGAAGAAAAACAAAAACUUCAUUGUCUCAACACUCUCUUUUCAAAAUUGCAAAUCAACCAAUCAAUCAUCUUUUGCAACUCUACUAACCGUGUGGAACUUUUGGCUCGAAAAAUCACUGAGCUCGGUUACUCUUGUUACUACUCUCAUGCUAAAAUGCAACAACAAAAUAGAAACCGUGUUUUCCAUGAAUUCAGAAACGGAAACUGCAGAAACCUUGUUUGCUCUGAUUUGCUCACUCGUGGUAUUGAUAUUCAAGCUGUCAAUGUUGUCAUUAACUUUGAUUUCCCUAAAAAUGCCGAAACUUAUCUUCACAGAAUAGGUCGUUCCGGUCGUUUUGGUCACCUUGGUUUGGCAAUUAAUCUUAUUAGUUGGAAUGAUAGAUUUAGUCUCUACAAGAUAGAACAGGAACUUGGAACUGAAAUUAAACCCAUACCUGCUCAUAUUGAUACCUCGUUAUAUGUUGCUGAUGCUGUUGAAAAUAUCCCUAAACCUUUCCCCAUCACUGAAUUGCCAAGAGACUCCUCCACUAGCCGUGUUAAUGGAAACAAUAAUCAACGAUAUAAUAAUAACCGCAACCAACAAGAUAAUCAAAUCUACCAACAACAACAGCAAUUUGGUCAAAUCCCUCCUCAGCAGUAUCAAUACAUGCCUCAACAAUAUGCUCCAUUGCAGCAACAGCAACCUCAACAACAACAACAACAACUUCAGCAACAACAUCAACAACAACAACAACAACCACAACAACAACAACAGCAAAUCCCAGCUGGCUAUUACAAUAACACCCAAGGAAACAACUAUCCCAACUAUCCUCCUAGACCUGCGUUUAUGCAAGCUCCUCCACCUCAACAAGCUGCUUAUUACACUCAGCAACGAUAG